AUGUCUUUUGAUCGCUUCUUGGUGUUGCCAGAUGAACUCCUGCUCAUCUGGCACGAACAUCGCGUGCCGCUUUUGCUGUCGGCCGUUUCGCUCGCUGUCAUCGUACACCUCACAAUAUACUUCCGAAGCCGUCGUCAAAAGGUUUCGGUAUCACCUGCACCUUCGUCGCCGAUUGAGAAGAAAGAGAUCGAGCUGAGGCCUGAAUGGCUACCGGAAAACACGACCACCAUAACGCCGGCGCUGAAUGCGGAUAACCAUGCGGAAGACAAUGUUGUGGCUGUACCGGUCUUAAAGAUCAAAAAGGGACCAAAGACUGUCAAGGGCAAGAAAGUGCCGAAGAAGCGCGCACCGCCAACUUCCAAUUUCGAUCACAAGACAGACAAGAUCCAACCGCUGGUCUUUUUUCAAUCGAUCUCGGGCACCACCGAGCGCUAUGCUACUCAACUUAACACAGUCUUCACCGAAUGGACUGCUGGAUGCGACCAAUCCGCUUCAUAUCUCGAACCUCAGGUCCACGAUCUCGCCGACAUCGAGCACGACGACUACUUUCUCAGCCCGCCGAAGUCUGACUCGAACGUAAAAUACUUCUACAUCCUGCUCCUCCCUACGUACAACAUCGAUACUCUCCUGGAUAAUUUCAUCGAGAAUCUCCAAGAAACGCACAACGACUUCAGAAUCGACACUGCGCCACUCAGCGGACUGUUGGGAUACUCAGUGUUUGGGUUUGGAGACAAGGAAGGGUGGCCUACGGAAGAGGAUGGAUUCUGUAGCCAGGCAAGAGAGGUGGACAAGUGGAUGGCGAGGUUGACAGCGAGGAAAAGAGCGUAUCCACUAGGAAUAGGAGACGUCAAGGGCGAGGUGGAUGUACGAUUAGAAGAGUGGCGAAUUGGAGUGCAAGAAGCGCUCGUGGAGCUUGCAGAAGGCAGAGGUCUAGGCGAGGGUGUUCCCGGCAGCGGCGAUCCAGCCGAAAGCGAUGAGGAGGACGAAGAUGUUGCUGAAGACAGCGAUAGCGAGGGCAGCUCCACGAAACCUCGCAAAGCGGCACGAGUAGACGAUGUUGAGGACUUAGGUUCAAUGGUCGAUUCUGACUCUGUCAGCCCCAUACCCGUCGACUUCACCACCUACAAAUCCAAAGUUUCCAAGCCCGUCUCUGCUCCCAAGGAGAUGGUCCCCGUAACCUCUCCCACCCACGCUGCCCUCACAAAGCAAGGCUACAGCAUCAUCGGCUCGCACUCGGGCGUCAAAAUCUGCCGCUGGACCAAGUCCGCCCUCCGAGGUCGUGGCUCAUGCUACAAAUACUCUUUCUACGGUAUCGCAUCCCACCUCUGCAUGGAAGCCACGCCCUCCCUCUCUUGCUCCAACAAAUGCGUCUUCUGCUGGCGCCACGGCACCAAUCCCGUCGGCACCACCUGGCGCUGGAUUACCGACGCCCCGGAGCUCAUCUACGACGGCAUAACCACCGCGCACUACAAGAAAAUCAAGAUGAUGAAAGGCGUGCCCGGCGUGCGCGCGGAGCGCUUUGCAGAAGCAAUGCGCAUCCGGCACUGCGCGCUGUCCCUGGUCGGCGAACCGAUCUUCUACCCGCACAUCAAUGAGCUCCUCUCCAUCAUGCACCAGAACCGCAUAUCAACCUUCCUCGUCUGCAACGCGCAGCACCCCGCCCAACUUGCCUCUCUCAUACCUGUAACGCAGCUCUACGUCUCCAUCGACGCGUCCAACAAAGACUCCCUCCGGAAAAUCGACCGCCCCCUCCACAGAGACUUCUGGGAGCGCUUCUGCGCCUGCCUCGACAUCCUCAGGCAGCGCCGCUUCGAGCAGCGCACCGUCUUCCGCCUUACGCUCGUCAAGGGGUUCAACAUGGCCGAGGAAGUUCGCGGGUAUGCCGACCUCGUCGAGCGCGCGCUCCCUGGGUUCGUAGAAGUUAAGGGCGUCACUUACUGCGGAACUUCGGCUGCCGGAUCUGCAGGCUUGACCAUGCAGAAUGUACCCUUCUACGAGGAGGUCGCGGCGUUUGUGUCUGCGCUUGCGGAGGAACUUGCUUCGAGGGGUCUGACGUAUGGCAUUGCGGCUGAGCACGCGCACUCGUGCUGCGUGCUCCUCGCGGAUUCGACGCGCUUCAAGAAGGGUGGGAAGUGGGCCACGCGCAUCGACUUUGAGCGGUUCUACGAGCUGAACGAGGGGCUUGUAGAAGGCACGCGAACGGACGAGUCGGGGAAGAUAGUGGGGUGGCGGCCGGAGGAUUAUGUAGGGCAGGAGACGCCUGAGUGGGCGCUUUGGGGGAAUGGAGGGUUCGAUCCCAGGGAUGUGCGAGUCUUUCGCAAAGGUAAAGGGCCGAAGACGGAGCCAGAACAGGCUGCCAAGGACGAGGUUGCGGUUGUGGAGAUAUAG